GUUGUCAGAGGCGGGGACGUGCAUCAGCCGGCGGGGACGCGCAGAGCUGAGAGGCCUGUGCGCCCGGUUGAGGGAGACAUGCGGCGGACGCGGAGCGCCGUGGCCACCGAGCCGCGGGAGCGGCGGCGCUCGGGUGCCUCCGGGGGCCUGGCGGGCGGCGAGAGCCGCGCCCGGCGCUCGGAGAGCAAGACUAGGGCCGGGGGCGGGGGCGGGGCGGCCGGUCCACAGCCGUCGGCAAAGCCGCGGCCCAAGCCGCCGCCGCGGGCCCAGGAGGCGGCCGCCGAGGAGCCGCCGCCGGCGGACACCCCCGCCGCCUCGGUGUCUGCGCUCGACCUGGGGGAGCAGCGGGAGCGCUGGGAGACGUUCCAGAAGCGGCAACGGCUCAGCUUUGAGGGCGCCGCCAAGCUGCUGCUGGACACCUUUGAGUACCAGGGCCUGGUGAAACACACAGGAGGCUGCCACUGUGGGGCCGUUCGUUUUGAAGUUUGGGCUUCGGCGGACUUACACAUCUUCGACUGCAACUGCAGCAUCUGCAAGAAGAAGCAGAACAGACACUUCAUCGUUCCGGCUUCUCGCUUCAAGCUCCUGAAGGGCACUGAGAGCAUAACCACCUACACGUUCAACACGCACAAAGCCCAGCACACCUUCUGUAAGAGAUGUGGUGUCCAGAGCUUCUACACUCCCCGCUCCAACCCUGGAGGCUUUGGAAUUGCCCCCCACUGCCUUGACGAGGGCACUGUUCGGAGUGUGGUCACUGAGGAGUUCAAUGGCAGUGACUGGGAGAGAGCCAUGAAGGAGCACAAGACCAUCAAGAACAUGUCGAAAGAGUGAGCUUAGGCUUCCUCCUUCCCGAGACAGAGAGCAGGGCAGCAGCCCUGUGGGUUGCGUGGGUAUGCAUCGCUGUGCAGAUCUGGGCCGCUAUCUCCACUCCCAGUGCCCUGUGGUUCACUCCAGCCACCAUUUCUUUAGGCAGCUCUGCCCUUAGCCCAGAUGUCAUGGAAGACAGUUGACCUUCUCCCUUCCCACUAACUUUUAUGUGAUCUUUUAGAAAAUAAACAUUUCUGACAUUAACGCUA